AGCGAUGGGAGGAGAUCGGCUCUCGGGUAAUUGAGAUUUACGACGACAGAUGGUUAUGAUUUGGGAAGGGGCGGGUGGCUGGAUGGAUGGAUGGAUGGAUGGGACGGGGGGCUGGGUGGCGUCGGUGGCAUUAAAAUUCGGCAUUCUUCUUCCGAUGCUGCGUUUCGUUGUUUUAUCGUUUGCGAUUUUUUCUCUUUCUCUUCGUUUCGUUUCAUUUUCUUUGCAUCUCUGUACGGGGGGACGGGUUUUCCUUUGAUAUCUUCUGCCUACUUUUCCGUGUUCGAAGUCUGCUUGCUUACUUACUUACUUACCUACCUGCGUUCUGUCUGCUUCUAUUGCCAUAUACCUAGUCUAUGUCGCCCUCUUUUGGAUGCGCUUUUUUGUCUGCCUGUCUGUCUGUCUGUCUGUCUCGCUUGGUCUUGCUUGGUCUUGCUUGGUCUUUAGAUAUGAUGGCGUUGAAAGUUGAGCUCACGAUGUCGAUUUUUCUUUCGUGACGGGCUGGGACGAGUGGACGAGCUGGGGAAGGUUAAUGAUAAUGGGUAACGGAGACGAGAUUCUGGGUGGC